AUGCCGAUUUCAAAGGGCAAAAGUAUGAAAAAAGUUCCGCCGCUCCUUUUCCCCCAAACCCAAAAAACCCUCUGCAAAACACAAAGUACCAGAUCCAUUAUUUUUGCUACCCCUCCUUCACCGGCAACCUUCAACUGCGUCGUCGGGGCCGAUUUCCACCGAGUUGGGGCUGGGGGAUCUUCUUCCCGCUGUUUCCGUGGCCUCUUAGGGUGUAUGGCUCGGAUUGGUGCCUGCAGAUCCGCCAUCUCCCUAGCCACGGAAGGGCCGUCGGUCGUCUGCGUCACUCCUCAGCCCCUGGAGUCUAUCGAGUUGUCGAUGUGCCUGCCUUUUUCUCUUCAAGCUUGUUUUGGCCAAAAACUUGCAGCCUCCUUUCAGCUUCAGAUGUGGUUAGUCCCUCCUUUGAACAUUGUAGGGUCAUGA